AUUUUAAUAAUUCCCAUCUAUAAAAAUAGCACUUCUCUGCCUAAAGUUCUUUCAAAUCAACCCAUUUCAACUUUUGCUCUGAAAAAAAAAACUAAUUCACAGCAAAAAGAAAAAAAUUCCAAAAAAAGUGAUGAAAAUGAAAAUGGUGGCGAUGCUUUUGGUUGUGCUGCUGGCCAUGGCGCCAUUGGGCCAUGGAAUCAUAGACCAAAGCCCUGAAGGAGUAGAAAGAUGGUUCAGAAGGCUUCCACAUGCAAAAGAGAAGCUCACUAAGCUCCACUUCUUCUUCCAGGACGUGGUAUCCGGGAAGACUCCGACCGCCAUCGAAGUCGCCCGGUCCAGCCUCACUUCUUCGUCCAAAACAUUUUUCGGCUUAACUAGGGUUUUCGACGAUCCGUUGACCGUUACGGGGUCACCGGAUUCACACAGGAUUGGUUACGGUCAAGGGAUCUAUUCGUUGACCUCGCAGGAAGACGUGGCUUUGCUUUUCACCUUCAACUUCGUGUUCACCGACGGCAAGUACAACGGCAGCACUCUCAGCAUUCAGGGAUACAAUCCCUUGGAAGCAAAGUACAGGGAGAUGGCGGUCGUUGGUGGUUCUGGGGUUUUCCGGCUGGCCAGGGGAAGCGCGGUGGCGUCUACUUAUUGGGCUAACGCCACCACUCAAGACGGUAUCGUAGAGUUUACAGUCUAUGUUCUCCACUACGACGUGGGUGGUAACGACGGUGAUGAACAGUAUGUUCAGGACAUGUAGAUCAAGUUCGUUUGUUUUGUGGUGGUGUGUUCUCAUGAGUGUGUGUAUUAUCUUUCCCAACACCAACCCACCCUCACCCCCUUUGACUUGUAAAAAUAAGUUGCUACUAUUUGGUAGCAUUUCGUGAAUCAAUCGUAAUGCUGGCUGUUAAAUAUGAUUUUUCUACUCAAUUUAAUCAUGAUUAGUUUUCCUUAGUUUUUAAUAUUCAAAGUAAGGAAUUUGCCCUUGCUUUCAAAAUUUUGAAUGAGUCAAAAACCAGCAAAAGAACACCACUCCCUAUGUUUAAAAAUAAAGGGUAAAAAAUACUCUAUAUGGAAC